AUGGCACCGCGAAUAACGACCUUGAUACGAUCUAUUACUACCGCCAGUGCGACUAGCUCACUACAACCUGUUAUUACCGCCCGAGCUUCGUCUUCACGUGAACGUCUGCGUUUCGUUCGACAGGCAUCUUCUUCUUCUUCUUCCUCACCUUCAUUCGGCUUACGAGCACCUGCACCCGAAGCCCACCCAUUAUCAUACAAAGAUGCAUCUAUACCCUAUCGCAGUGUCCAACUGGUUGACCCCGCUACCAAUCACUUGAUGGAUCCUCAACCACUACGAUCAAUCUUACAAACCUAUGACAAAUCCACGCAUACUCUAGUCCUCGUUAAUAUAGAUAGGGAGACACCUAUAGUGAAAUUGAUCAAUAAGGUAGAAGAAAGGAAAAAAGAAAGAGAAUCAGAAGAGAAAAUAAGAUUAAAGAAAAGAAUGUCAAUCGAAGAAAAAGAAGUUCAAGUUUCAUGGCAAUCUGCAAAAGGUGAUUUAUCACAUAAAUUAGAAUUAGCAAAAUCAUUACUUGAAAAAGGUGAUAGAGUUCAGAUCGUUUUCGCUAAUCGUAAAAAAAGUGAAUCCAUCUCGGAUCCCAAGAAACAAGAAAUAAUAUCUUCUUUCGAUACUGAAUUGGAUGGGGUCGUGGGUAAAAAAUGGAAAGAUGACGAUAAGAAUAAAGGCUUGUGGAUAUUAUAUUAUAAUCCAUUGGAAAGUACAAGAAAUCAAGUUCAAUCGAAGGUGAAAGAUCAAGAAUUAGCUAAAAGGAAAGAAAAAGAAGAGAAAAAAGAAGCUAGAAGGAAAAAGGAAGAAGAAAGAAGAUUAAAAGCUGAAGCUAGAGCUGCUGCUGCCGCUGAUGAAAAUUCUUCGUUGGCAUAG